AUGUCGGCGUACGAAUUCCGAUGCCCUCGAAAAGUAAUACUUUUUGGGGAACACUCCGUGGUGCACGGAAAACUCGCCAUUGCUGUGGCAUUUGGAAUGAACAUGGAAGUGAUCCUAGAGAUUGAUCCAUCGAAACCGGACAGCUUGGAACUCAUUUCAACUUCAACAGCUUUAUGGACAUCGGAGCUUCAGCAAUUCGGCGAGAGGACCCAGGAAAUGGCGCUUUCGGAUCCCAGGAAGCCUGCUUGUCCAAGCAACGAACUGGUUGCAUUUCUCCGCGAGUUCACGGAUAAUGACAAGUCUAACCUUUCCAAUACGAUGACGACUAGGAUUGUGCUGUUGUAUCUGUGGAGUCAAAUAAUUUAUCCUUCAAGAACAAGAGGAGCAAUCAAAAUCUCGCUCAAGUACGACGUAAUUUGGCCAGGCCUCGGAAACUCAGCAGCAUAUUCAGUACUGGUCUCAGCAGCCUUGCUGACAGCCGCUGGUCUCAUCAGCUCCUCCUUAACCGAGGAUGACAAGGAUCUAAUCAAUGGCUGGGCCUAUGGUGCAGAGUGUAUCAACCAUGGUUCACCCUCUGGAGUGGAUAACACUGUGUGUUGUUAUGGCGGGAUGCUGAGAUUCGCCAAGGGAAAACUGCCUGUGAAGGAAUUUCGGUCUCCGGGAAUCCGAUUGUGUGUGGUUUUCUCGAACCAAGUGCGAUCGACCAAGGUUUUAGCGGAACGGGUUGGCGGGCUGAAGCGGCAUCACGUGAAGGUGUUUGACGCGAUUUUUGAGGCCAUGCAUACUGUUGCUUUGGAAGGCAGUGAUUUUAUUGAUGGCGUACUCAAGGAUCCGAGCGAUCUGGUCAACUUUAGGCGACUCGAGGAGCUCGUCGACAUAAACCAGGCAUUACUCAAGUCACUGACAGUUUCAACCAAGAACCUCGACAAAAUAUGCAGCAUUGCGGAAGCUCACGGCUUUCAUGCAAAAUUAACUGGUGCCGGAGGAGGUGGAUGUGCGUUCGUCAUUAUUCCACCGGAUGCGAAUGAAAUUGUCGUUGAAAAUUUCAAAGCGGAACUAGAAUGCUUCGGCUUCCCGUUCAGAGAAGCCGACGUGGGUGUGCGAGGGUUAACGGUCCAGCGGCUGUCUGGAAAGCUUGAAGUCGUGGUAACCGGUGUGGGCGUUAUUACCCCUCUCGGCAAAGGAGUUCCAAUUUUCUGGAAGAAAUUGAUCGGUGGAACAUCAGGAACUGUUUCCUGGAUUGAUGAAUCUGAUUCGAUUCCGUGUCGCGUCGCAGCCCGUGUUCCCAGAGACGAUCUUCCGAAGCCCGAUCGUGGGAAGACUCUUGCGACGCAAUUCGGCCUCUGCGCCGCAGAAGAAGCGAUUAUUGUGGCCCGAUUGAACGACCAGCGUGUGGAUAAACGCAAUGUUGGGGUUUCGUUUGGGACCGGAAUGUCGGAUCUGUCAGUGAUCGAAGCCUGUUUUGACGCUUUUAAAGUAAAGAAGUAUCGCGGCGUGUCGCCGCACUUUGUUCCCCUGAUUUUACCCAACAUGAUUGCUGGGCAUGUUUCUAUGGAGUUCGGCUUUCGUGGGCCGAACCACUGCGUUUGUACGGCUUGUGCUGCAGGAGCACAUUCGCUCGGAGAUGCCUUCAGGUUUGUCAAGUAUGGAGACGCUGAUGUCAUGGUGAGCGGAAGUGCUGAGGCACCUAUAUCGAAAAUAGCAAUGGCUGGAUUCUCGCGUGUCCGAGCUUUAUCCACGAAAUACAACCAAGAACCGAGUAAGGCCUCUCGCCCUUUUGAUGAAGGUCGAGAUGGCUUUGUGAUGGGUGAAGGAGCUGGAGUGAUGGUGUUGGAGGAGCUGAACCACGCGAAGAACCGAGGAGCUGAGAUUCUGGGUGAGAUCUUGGGCUAUGGAAUGUCGGCGGAUGCAAACCACUUGACCGCCCCACGAGAAGAUGGUGAAGGCGUGAUGGCAUGCAUGCGAAAAGCCGUGUCAGAAGCCAAACUGCCACUGGAAGCUAUUGGCUACAUCAACGCUCAUGCCACGUCCACUCCGUUGGGUGACGUGGCAGAAUUAUCUGCGAUCAAGGCUCUGUUUGGUGGUCCGCACUCUCAAUCCCUGGCCGUAUCGUCCAUUAAGGGUGCGAUUGGACAUUUGCUGGGUGCAGCCGGGAUGGUAGAGGCCAUAGCUGCUUUAUUGGCGUGCCAAACCGGUGUUUUGCCGCCGACCAUCAACCUGACAUCGCCGUGUGACGGUGAGCUGAACUUGGUGCCGAAUGAAGCGCAGAAAUGGGAUAGUGUGUUUGAAGAUGACGCGGGGAGGAAGAGACGGAUCGCAUUGACGAAUUCUUUCGGCUUCGGGGGCACGAAUGCGUCGAUAGUGUUGUCGUCUUUCGUGGAGUGAUGAUGAUGAGAUUUUGUAGACGUCGGUGAGUAAAACUUUAAUAAACGUGUACUACCAUGCUUAAGGAA